CUAUUUCAGCUAUAGAAAUCCAGGAAGAGAAAGAAAGGGAUUCUGAAUGGUCUCCAAGAGGCUCAACGGCAGGACUGGAGGUUCAGAAAUCUCCGAGAGGCUCAACAGCAGGAUUAGAGGUUCAGAAAUCUCCAAGAGGUUCAACGGCAGGAUUGGAGGUUCAGAAAUCUCCAAGAGGUUCAACGGCAGGUCUGGAGGUUCAGAAAUCUCCAAGAGGUUCAACUGCAGGAUUGGAGGCUCAGAAAUCUCCAAGAGGUUCAACUGCAGGAUUGGAGGCUCAGAAAUCUCCAAGAGGUUCAACUGCAGGAUUGGAGGCUCAGAAAUCUCCAAGAGGUUCAACGGCAGGAUUGGAGGUUCAGAGAUCUCCAAGAGGUUCAACGGCAGGAUUGGAGGCUCAGAAAUCUCCAAGAGGUUCAACGGCAGGAUGGAGGUUCAGAAAUCUCCGAGAGGCUCAACAGCAGGUCUGGAGGUUCAGAAAUCUCCGAGAGGCUCAACAGCAGGUCUGGAGGUUCAGAAAUCUCCAAGAGGCUCAGUACCAACUCUUGAGGCUCCGACCUCUGAGGCCGCUCCGGAGGUCCAACUCCGGUCUAAGAGCUCGGCCCCGAGAGAGGGCGCUCAGCAGAACCGCCGCUCACUGAUCAAGUAUAUCAACGACCAGGAAGACACCCUGCCGGAGCUCUGUUCCAGCCCCGAGUCAGUCGAACUCAUCCAGGCCUCGGACACAGAGGAUACCCUCGACCUCAUAGGCUCCACGACAGACAAUGAGAGCGACUCCGACCUGGAGACUGUUCUCAACAUCACUGACCUGGACUCGCCUGACGCGGUGGGCCAGGAGCUGGAGCCCUUCAGGAAUAAAUCUCUUACUUCGAGUCGAACAAGGAUCAAUGUUGCGCACUCCAGGAGAGGGGAUGGUUAUAACACGGACCCUGAGCCUACCGUGGCUAAGGGUAAACAGAGCAGUAUUUACAUUGAAGAGUCGCCUAAUAUUAUCAUUGCUUUGUACGAUCACAUUAUGACCAUUCUGACGCUGCCUGACUUGUCUCUGGAUGAAUAUACAUCCCAAUCUGAAAGGGGGACUGAGGCAGACAAGACACCUGCUCGAUCACACUUAGACGUUUUGAAGACUGAGAAAUCCUUUCGUUGGAAGAAAUUACGACAUUUUAGACGUGUUCACAACCCCGCUAAGGAGACGAAGGAGGUCUGCUUGCAAUCACAGCCACACUUAAGAAAAAGUUUUCCUUGCAUGCUCUUUGACAGACUUGAACCGAACGCAAGUCGAGGCGGCAAGCACAUGUUACGUAGGAGAAUUUUGUCACUGAGGAGGAUUAACUUAUAUCAGAACCUCAUAUGA